CUCAAAAUGGCUGUGGAGAAACAGUUUUGAAGAUCGACGCUUUUGCCAGGUUUUUAAGAAAAAUGAGCCACCCUGUAGUUUGAGGGUACAUCUGCCACAUAACUGGGGACCCAGGUGGCGCACGUUGGUGGCAUGUGUAGAACUGGCUGGAUAAUGCCCCCCUUCUGCAACCUGCAAAUUUAAACCUGCAAGUUUGGGGAGUGUGGAGAGGGGGGGCCAAGAUCACAACCCGGGCACCAACCAGAAGAAGCAAGGGAGCGGCUGAAAGGGAAGGAAAGAUCAUCCAAUCGUUGGUAGUGACUCCAGGACAUCAGAUGAAGAGCCUUCAGUUUCGGAGCAUUGCCCCCAAGGCACCGGCUGUGGUGCCCUCUCCUUCCCCUGCAGUCCAGUCCUGUCAACCUUCGUCUGCUCUACCUGAGGCUACCACUGCCUCGAGCCCCAAGUCCAUCAUUGUGCCCACCCAAAACUAUGCACUCAUGCAAAUAGCAGGUCAAGAUGGCACAUUCUCCCUGGUGGCACUGCCACCGUCAGUCUCUUCUCAGACACCACAGCAUCAGACCCAGUCUAUCCAGAAGAACCUUAAGUUGCCCAUUCCCAGAUACCAGCCAGUGAGGAGCAAGGGGACCACAGAUAAGGUCAAAUCUCCUCCACUACCUGCCAGGGUGAAAACAGUCUCUAGAGUUUCUGACUCAGCACAGACCAAAUCAGUGAGUUGUGGAGUAUCAGCAGCUAUUAAAAAGAAUCUGCAAGAGACCAAGCACACAAAGGAAACCCUAGUGCCCAAAGAGGAGUCUUCUGACCAGCUAAUUCUUAUAGACCCAGCCUCCUCUGACAUCUCUGUUACUGCUCUUCUACCAGAUAAUGCUGUCCUCUAUCCAGGUUCUCAGUUGGAGCGAGCACCAGAUGGCUUAGAACGACCUGCCACAACUGGUCUCAUUCAGAACCUCCAGUACCCCCCUGCUUCCAUCAAAAGCUCCCAAAGCAAAUCACCAGAGGACAGUAAGACUACAGUGAGACUGUGCCAGUCUAAGCUAGCUACAGCCCAGCCCCAGGGCAGUAUCACUGUCCUUUCCCCAGCCAUCUUCAGUAAAGCAGUCCAGAUUAUCCCAUCUCCACCUAAGGGUAAACUACCUAUCUUGCCCUACUCUAAAAUGAAGAGCACCCUCAUCCCAGCUGCCAAGCUCAACAGUUUAUCUCCAGAGAAGAAAGGUUUGUCUAGCCUGAAAGGACCCAGCAGCCCUUUAGAUACUACGUCCAAGACUCACGAGACAGCUGAAAUCUUGAGUCACAACCAGGUGCCAAACUCCAGUCUAGAGACUCAGGCCCGGCCCACACUAAUGCCUGUUUUGGGAACACUCCAGAAACCACCCGGCAAGAAGAGAGGAAGGAAGAGAAAGACGAUGGAAGACAUCUUAGCUUUUGAAGCCCGCAAGAAGCGCUCCUUAUCUUUCUUUCGUAGAAGGGUCCCAGAGAAACAGCCAGCAGUUGUUCAAGGAUCCAAACAAAAGGAAGUUGAUAUUUCAAAGAAAUACCGCAGCAUUCGACCCAAGCCCAUGUUGGUGAUGGAGACAGUUCCCCAGCUGGUUAGUUUGCCUGCUAUUACCCCAGAUGGCCAAGAACAGGAGCUCAUACUCAGCCAUCAGCUCCCCUCUGCUACCACAACCAAGGCGCUGGACUGUCCACCCCAGCCAACCCCAGUAACCUUCCAUCUCAGAGGUGGUUCCCAUCCUAGACUGUUCAUAGGAAGCCGACCGCCCCACCGCUGCCCCACCUGCAGCCGCUGUUUCAAAUUCAAGCAUCAUCUCCAGAGCCACAUGAACAGCCACGCCAACAAUCGGCCCCACAUCUGCCCUAUCUGCCGCAAGACGUACGCUCACUCAAGCAGCCUGAGCACCCACAAGAAGCUUCACCAUUCUGAGGUACGACCUCGUCGUUCGCUGUCCUGCGAAUUCUGCGAGAAGGCUUUUGGAUAUGUUGGAGUGUACUUCAGUCAUCUGAAAGAGGUCCACAAGGUGGUGCUAACUGUGGAGCCAUCAAUCAGUCAUCAUGAGGAGGACGUCCUUGUAGAGGGCUCGUCUGAACCAUCAGAUGAACAGGACUGCGAAGAUCCUGUGGAGCUGCAGAUUAAAUGUGGCCGCUGCCAGGCAAUCACUCCCACCUUUGCGGACAUGAAGAUGCAUUUACGGUAUGUGCACGGGGAGGAGGUCCACAUUCAGCUCUGCGAGGGCCAAACCCCACGGGGGGGCCGCGAGGCUGAGAAUGAGCUGGUAAAGCAUGCUGCCCACUAUUGGCGACAGCUAAACGAGAAGCGCAAUCUGGUCAAGUGUGGCAGCUGCGACGAGGAGUUCUUUUCUUUCUCCAAGCUCAAGAGGCACAUCAUGUCCCACCACCGCGGAAGGGAGGGAGAUGAAAGCGGAGCCCUCUCAUCGCCAGAGAGCAGCGGAGGCCUCGGUGUCCUUGCCGCUGGUGCAGCUUUUAACUGUGUGCUUUGCAGUGAGGUGUUGGGCACUAAAGAGUUAGUCAUGGAGCACUGGAGGUGUCACCACCACUGUGAGCAGCCUAGCCUGCUGUGGGACGCCCUGAGCUCAUACUCUGGUCAGGAAGAGGGCGAGGCAGACGGGGAUCUGGACACUCCUGCUUCAAGCCCACAUUAGCCAACUGGCCCUUUGGGUGGGCACGGAGCCCUUUAAUGCGGCUCCUCCUCAUACAUACUCAGUCCUAACAAUCAGCAGCACAGGGAUAGAGAAGUUCUCUUAUGUCUUUUAGCACUAGUUCUUUCACCAUUUGUAAAAAUCUGACCUUUUCCAAAAGAGGAAAACAGUAAAAAUAAUAUCAGGCCUAUGGUGAAAAUUGAUCUUUGGUGUUAUAAUUUGUAAGGGAUACUCUUACUAGGUCAGAGAAUCCAGUUUUAUAAACAAUAUCAUUUUUCAUGUUAUUUUGAAUGCACUGUUCUGUUUUUGGACUUUUUUUUUUGUUUGCAGGUAUGUAUUUAAUAUCUUGUUGGAAAUGCAAAUGAUUAUUUUUAUCUACUGCGUAUUUAAAUGAUAUUAAAGGUCAUUCAUGACCCAACUGACACAGUAAAAGGGUCAUUUCAUCCUUGAAUCUAUCUAGCCAUGCAGAUGAGAUUAGAUCUUUAUGUGGUGAACUCAAACAAAAACUGACACUGCAGAAGAGCAAAUGUUUAAAAGUGAAACAGUUCUUUGUAGAUAGAGCAUCUUUUUGAUGUGACAUCAGGCGCAUUUUUCAGAGGAAAUACACGGCUGCAUUCUGGUUACAGCUAUUACGUGAAGGAUUAGCAGUGAACUGCUGUAGCUCUGAGUUCAUUGUUGAGUCAGUCACUGUCGUUCUAUCCUGCAGUUUCAUACUCAUUAUUUCUCCUUACAUUUUGCAUCUCUUAUUACAUGUUAUUACAUGUAUUUUAUGCAUUUUAAUUAUUUUUUUUUUUUAAACGUGAGCACAAACUAAUUCUGGUCACCUCCAUUUAUCAGGAUAGAGUCCGAAAUCUUAAAGAUGACUAAAGAUAUGAGAUCUGCAUGGCUAGAUGGGAUACUGAGAAAUAUUUUUCAUUGGGGACAACUGAGUCAACAGCGGUAUAUUGUGUGCUAUCACAGUGGCUGACAAUUUAACCACUGGCCUUUGCAUUAUGACAGGUUAAAAAUAUUCUGUAUCUGUACAAUCCUUGAUGUAAUAUUGCUCAUGUAAUGGAGUCUGUUUAAGGGCAGUAUUAGGGUCCAUUUUCAGCCUGGACCCAUGAAGGAACACUUUAACUAACCAGCACCCAAGUGACAUCCUUGUGGCCUUCUGAGGAGGAUAAAAAAAAAAGGAAAAAAAACCUCUUGGUGUUCAUGCGUAAUGUGGCUUAUCAUCAGUAUGGUCCUCAGUAGGCUGAGUUCUAUAUUCUUGACUUGUUGAUUAAUGCCUAUAUGUGUAUUCUGUGAUAUGCCAAGGGUCUAUUCACACUUGUGAUUGUAGAAGUGAGGUUUGCAUUGAAGCUUUUUAAACCACUGACAGAAUACCAUUGGUUUAGUAAAUACGCAGAGGAAACCGUUGACCUGCCUACCUGUUGUUGCCAGCUCAUGUACGCACCUGUGGAAUUGUGUGCACCUAGACUCUGAAUAGAGUUAAUAUAAACUGUUGUCAAGUCCAGAAAAUAUGCUAUUUUAUACUCUAGAUUAAUAAAGAGGUCUUUUAGUAUAUUUAUGCUUGUUAUUGGUCCUUAAAGAACCAGCACUGAGACAUUUGUUCUGUUUGCUUCUUCUGAUUUUUUGGGGGAUGCUAAAUGUCUUGCUUCUUGGUUGGGGGGCAAAGUAGCUCUGUUAACGUUUGUCUGUAUUUAUCUUUCAUAUGAAGAAAAGAAAAAAAAUCACAGGGUCAAGUGAAUGUACCUGAAUGUUUUAAAAGCCCUACCAAAAGUAUAUAUGCUACAGACUUAUUCUAUAGAUAGAAUAUAUAGAUAUAAUGAAAAAAAAAAAUAUAUAUAUAUAUAUAUUUACAUAGUGAAUCAGCUGCUUUGUUCUGUCAGUGGGGGAGGGAAACGGGAUGCAUAAAUCAUUGCCAGCAAUGGCAGCAAAAAGCCAUGUAGAGCUGUCCUUACGUGUCUGACACAAACACAGGACUGAAUGAAGGCCAAAGCACUGAGAGUACUCUUUGAUGCGUCUGGGUGUUCAUCAGUGACUUGUCCUUUGUUUGCACGCCCUCAACACAAACCAGGAAGUGGCAGGCUUAAGGGUCAGUCUCUUCUCUCCUCAGAUACAAAAGUAUACGACUGUCAGCACAAGUCGGAAAGUGAAAAAUCCCACAUUAGGUGAUAUAAUGUGUUUGGCUCACAUAAUAUGUUGACUGUGUCUGAAAAAAAAAAUAAAUAAAAGACUGAAAGUGUUUGUGCUUGUGACUGUUUAUGUACCUGAAGAACCUGAUGUUUAUGAGAAUAAAGAUAUGCUU